UAUAAAGAUUUAUGCAUGGUUCAAUAAAGAUAUUUAGCUAUGUAAGUUUUUAAAACAUUUCCAAACUCUACUUUAUAAAUUACUCCAAAAUAAAGUUUGGAAAAAAAUGAUCUAUCCCUAUGAAGUAGAAAAUAGAUUUAUUCCAUAAAUAGAGUAAUUUUUUUUUAUUCAUUAUUCAAUUUUUCACUUUAACAAUAUAGUAUGAUUUGUGUAAAAUUUUCCAUUAUGGAGUUUUAUAUUGAAGAUAAUAUUAGCCCUUACUCGAAACUCAUAUCAAAACUCAUAUCAAGUGUAAAGUGUAAAAUCAUUAAUUAUCUUUUCAUCAAAUUAGUAAGGGGCUUUCACAGAAUAUGAAGUUAUGAUUCAAUGAAGCUGCUACUCGAGUCUAGAGCCCACACAGAGAAAAAAUCUGAGCAAGUAAAAAAACUGAACAAAAAAAAUUAUUAGAAAUCUUUCACUUAGCAGAUAUUCUUUUCGUUUCAGUUUAAUUGUCGCUGAACAGUAAAAUUUUUCGUUUCAAAAUAAUUUUUUUUUGGGAUUUCAAUGCAAAAUUUAUUAAUAAUAUUCUUCAGUUUAUUUUUUUAUUGGUUGAAAAAUAUUUAGGUGUAUAAGUAAAUAUAUGUUUAUUUUGAAAAUAUGCAAAAUUAAAUGUUUUUUUAAUGUAAAUCUAAAAUAACAAUUAAAAUGAAACAAGAGAGUAUAUAUAAGUUUCACCGGAAAUAUAGGAACCCUAGAUUCGAAGAAAUCACAUAAAUAAAUCCAUUUUUAGGUCACAUCAACGGACUUCAUUGUGCGUUGUUGAGAAUCAGUCAUCGGAAUCACCGGUAACCUUUUGGUGUCCUUGUGAUCUUCGGGAGGUAGAUUUUUAUUUAGCUCCGAAACCAACAAAGAUGGUUGACAACAAGUUUCGUAAUCAGCAGAGAUGGCUCUUGUUUCUACUUCAUGCACGGACCUGCAAACGGUCAGGAGUGAAGUGUCAGGGGAAAAAUUGCGUUACUGUUCAGAAGCUACUGAGUCACAUGAACAGUUGUGCAGAGCCUCAGUGUUUGUAUCCUCGUUGUCAUCGCACAAAGUCGUUGAUUAGCCACUAUACAGACUGCAAGGAUCUUCGGUGCCCCGUCUGUGUACCAGUGAGGACAUACCGUAAGCAACAAGCUAAUGAGCGUGCCCUGGCCGGUUUGAAAAUCAAAAGCAGUAAAGUGGACAAAGCUCGAGUAUCAAACGAGUCAGUACGGGCCUCUGCUGGAGCUGGUUCUGGUGCUCCUCAUUGUGCUGAUACUUCCGAUAACUUGAAACUUCGAGAGGACAUGAGAACGCUUGUCCUCAGCGAGGUAGAGAAACAGAAUCCACGUGCAGCUGAUGAUGCAUCAAAGGAGGAUUACACUAACCCAUCAACCCUCGUUUCUCGUUGGUCAAGCUUAAGAAAAAGGAUAAAAUUGAAUGAUUACAAUCAGAUUCAGCAAAAUGCCAACUCUUCUGCACCUGGGACAAUGAUAACAACCGCUCCUGAAGUUUAUGCUGAGACCACGAUGGAGAUAGAGAAGGUUCCUGAGAACAUAGAUCAGUUGGAGAUAGAGGUGGCAGAAAUUCUGGUGUCCCUGAGGGUUUAUCGCUGAAACAUGAUCCGAAUGUUUUUUAAUUACUUAUGUUACAAGCAAUGUUCUAAAAAUCGUUAGGCGGUAACUAAGCGCUUUAUAGAGGACUAACGAUUAGGCGGAUUAUUUGGGGUAUAGGCGAGGCCUAGGCGUUAACAAAUUAUUGAUUUAUUUUAUAUAUUUUAUACAUUUAUAUGACAUAUUUUAAUUUUAAAAUUUAAUUAUAAAAUUAUUCUGAUGAAUUAUCAAAAUUAGAUAUACAAACAUAAGAAAGUAGACAAAUUUAUAGAUUUGUAAUAAUAUUAUUGCUUAAUUUAACAUAUAUAGACAGUUUAUAUCGAUUUUAACCAAUUUUAACCGAUUUAAAACAGUUUAAACCAAUUUAAAUCAUAUAAAUCGGAUUUUAAGAAAAUCGUUUCGGAUAGGACUGAGUUGCCGCCUAUGCGGGGACCUAGGCGCGACCUAGAGCGAUUUUUAGAACCUUGGUUACAAGUAAUGAUGAAAUCAUAUAAGUGUAACUCCAUGCUUCAGUAUUUACAUUUGCUACCGCAUUGCUUGUAAGAUCGCACGUACCAAUGGUGACACGGGUUAUAAUUUGUUUCCGGUUUGAUCUUUGAAUAUUUUUUUGGGGUUUCGAGUAUUUUUUGGCUCUCCGGAUACUUCGGGUCUUUUCCCGGUCUUAAAUAUCUGAACCGACCUGAACACAAAAUAUACUUAAAAAUAUUUUAACUGUAGAUCUUUUUUUUUUGUCACAACGGUAGAUCAGAACCGUUUUAUAAGGAAAUAACUCAUAUCCGAACCAAAAACUUCUAAAUAUCUAGUUGGUCCUCAAUGUCUAGGACUCGAAAGAUCCGAACUCGAUAAGUUUGGAAAAAAAAUGCUCCAUUCCUAUGAAGUAGAAAAUAGAUUUAUUCUAUAAAUAGAGUAAUCGUUUUAUUUUUACAUUAUUUAAUUUUUCAUUCUAACAAUAUAGUAGGGUUUGUGUAAACUUAAUUUUAUUAUGGAGUUUUACAUUGGAGAUAAUAUUAGCUCGUUACUCGAAACUCAUAUCAAGUGUAGAAUCAUUAAUUAUCUUUUCAUCAAAUUAGUAAGGGGGCUUCCA